UAGGAAGCUUAAGACAUUUGCUUCCCAAGCAUUAAGCUCUCUUCAAUUCCAACUUUCAUCAUGACGAUAGUAGAGAUCAGCGUGAAUAUAGACUGCGAAGGUUGUGAACGCAAGAUAAAGAAGGCCCUUCAAAAGCUACCUGGAGUUGAUGAUGUUGACAUAGACAUGAGAAUGCAGAAGGUAACUGUGAUGGGAUGGGCAGAUCAAAACAAGGUUCUGAAGGCUGUGAGGAAGACUGGUAAAAAGUCAGAGCUGUGGCCAUAUCCAUACGAACCAGAAUAUCAGGGCUUCGUCCGCCAUUACUGCAACAAUAAUAACAACUACAGCUAUGAAUAUGACAAUGAUGAUGACGAUAAUGGAAGAAGAAGACGAAGAAGAAGAUCUGUUUCCAACUAUUAUUCUUCGUCUUCUUCUUACAACCAUUACAAGCAUGGGUAUACUAAUGGAGACGACUUUGGGUACUACCAGCAGCCAAUUGGUUCAAUGGUGGUCAGUGAAAAGGCCAUGUCUGUGUUCAGUGAUGAAAACCCUCAUGCUUGUGCUAUAAUGUGACAUGUAUAUAUAUUCAGUUUCAUGUGUUCUUCCCCC